CAUUAGGGGUCACUGUCUUUCUGUUCUUGUCAUUCCCUCCUCCUCCUAGCCCUUCUCAUUGUAGCUCUUGAUCUCUCUUGCUUGUGGGUUUAGCUUCCACGGAACAGAUGCGGCAAGAGAACGAUAUAUAGCUCUUUACCUUAGUGAUAGGAAAAAUUCUAGAAGAUUUUUUUUAUUAUUAUUAUUUUAGAGAUACAAGAUGCUCGAUUAAUAUGAAACAGCUUAUCUAUCAAGAGGAUUUUUAAGAGGCCAGAAAUUGAUAUAGCUUAAUUUAAAAUCAUCCGGAGAAAAAUUUUAGAAACCCCGAGUUCUAGAUGGAAGUGGAAUCCAGACGAUCGUAGCUUCAGAUGAGAAACUAGAGAAAAUUAAAGCAGCGUUAGUUCUCCAAUUUUUGUUUCCGAUCAAAAUCCACAGAGAAGAAAGAUUUAAUCGGAGCAACUGUAACUGAUCGUGAUUACCAUGAUUUUGGAACAAAAAUCUCAAAAUUUCCCAAGAAACCAAGACUGGAGCCUUUGAACCCUCCGAUCCUGCACCCAUCCUCAAUCCCUCCGUUUUCUCUCUGUUUCCUCCCUCUUCUUUCUUGGGUUUCGAUGCGAGGCAGAAUCAUAAGAUGCCAGCGGGCGAGAAUAGGAUUGGCGCGGCGAUGACGGCAACAGAGAGAGAUGAGUCGGAUGGGGAGAAGCCGUCAACCGUCGGAAGGCCAUGCUUCUUCGGGUCGAUUGCUUCCACCUGCAUGCACGUAUAGAAUUAUGGGAGAAUCGUUGAUAAUAUUAACACAAUAAUAAUAAUUGGAUAAAGAUUUGAAAUUAUCCGUCAUCUAUCUUCUCAAGAUUUUUUUUUAAAAAAAUAAAUAAAUAUCGGUUAGAGUUUGCAGAGAAAUAUCAAAUAAGGUAAUGGAUAAGGAUUUAGAGGUAUUUAUUAUUUAAUUUUAUUAAUCUUUUAUAAAUAUCCGUCAGAGAUCAGUCUCAUCAGAGGAGAAAUUUUUUUUAAAAAAUAUAUUAAUUAAAAUCUGAUUUAGAAAUUGAUGAUAUAGAAACUUCCUUUCUUUCAUUCCAUAUUUUUUUUGCCUUUUUGAUGCAGAUUCCAUAUCUUUUUGUUGGGGGUGCUCAUCUUCUUCUUCCAAAAACGAAGCAGAAGAUUGGGAAUGGUGAGGGGCGGAAGAAGGCAUGACGCGCACGUAAAUCUGGAGAUAGAAAAGUCCGUCUUGGAUGACGUGCCAUCGACGUGGAUGGAUGGAAGUAUAGUAAAGGAUGCGUCCUGCAUGCUAACUUUUGGUCGCUGCGGUUAUCCGCCUUCUCCCAUAAAUUUGGGAGAUCACUUUCUUUCCGCUGCCCCUUCGUCUCCUCACUCUUUCUCUUCGCUUGUUUAAGUUUCCAAUCUCCUCCCCUUCGAGGGUUUCAGGGAUUUUCUUGGAACCUUUCUUCCUAAUUCUUCUCGCGAAAUAGAUCAUAGCGAGCGAUGAGGAUUCUCCGUGGAGAUGAAGGGAUCUCCGCUUCUCGAGAGCACCUCGUCUUCGCCUACUACGUCACCGGCCAUGGGUUCGGCCACGCCACCCGCGUCGUUGAGGUUGUGCGGCAUCUCAUUGUGGCUGGUCAUGAUGUUCAUGUGGUGACGGGUGCUCCAGACUUUGUUUUCACUACUGAGAUACAGUCUCCCAAUCUCCACAUUCGCAAGGUUUUGCUGGACUGCGGAGCUGUGCAAGCUGAUGCUUUGACGGUAGACCGGCUUGCCUCCUUGGAGAAGUAUCAUCAGACAGCUGUGGUGCCUCGGGCCUCUAUUUUGGCAACUGAAGUGGAAUGGCUGAACUCCAUCAAGGCUGACUUAGUGGUCUCGGAUGUUGUUCCUGUGGCAUGCCGAGCAGCGGCAGAUGCUGGGAUUCGCUCGGUUUGUGUCACGAAUUUCAGUUGGGAUUUUAUAUAUGCAGAAUAUGUCAUGGCAGCUGGGCAUCAUCACCGUUCUAUUGUUUGGCAGAUAGCCGAAGAUUACUCUCACUGUGAAUUCUUAAUCCGUCUUCCUGGAUAUUGCCCUAUGCCUGCUUUCCGGGAUGUCAUUGAUGUACCUCUGGUUGUCAGAAGGUUGCACAAAUCUCGACUGGAGGUCAGGAAGGAACUUGGAAUUGAGAAUGAUGUGAAAGUAGUUAUUUUCAAUUUUGGGGGACAGCCAGCUGGAUGGAAACUGAAGCAAGAGUGGUUACCGGAUGGUUGGCUAUGUUUGGUCUGUGGUGCAUCUGACAACCAAGAGCUUCCGCCAAAUUUUGUGAAGCUUGCAAAAGAUGUAUAUACACCUGACUUAAUUGCAGCAUCCAACUGCAUGCUUGGAAAAAUUGGGUAUGGCACUGUCAGCGAAGCUUUGGCAUACAAGUUGCCAUUUGUCUUUGUGCGCAGAGAUUAUUUCAAUGAAGAGCCAUUUUUAAGAAAUAUGCUUGAGUAUUACCAGGGUGGCGUUGAGAUGAUUAGGAGAGAUUUGCUCACUGGACACUGGACACCGUAUCUUGAGCGUGCCCUUACUCUUAGGCCAUGCUACGAGGGAGGAAUUAAUGGUGGAGAGGUGGCUGCCUGCAUACUACAGGAUACAGCUAUUGGAAAAAAAUAUGCUUCAGAUAAGAGUGGAGCAAGGCGACUUCGUGAUGCCAUAGUGCUGGGAUAUCAACUACAAAGAGCUCCUGGCAGAGAUAUAGGCAUUCCUGAUUGGUAUUCUCUUGCUGAAAAUGAAGUCCGUCUUCGUCCUGCAUUGCCAAAUACUGAGAUCAAUGGAAAUGCCUCUCUUGUGGAAUUAUGCAUCGAGAACUUUGAGAUACUUCAUGGUGAUCUGCAUGGUUUAUCCGAUACAGUGGCUUUUCUAAAGAGCCUAUCGGGUCUUGAUGGUGGAUCUGAUCUAAAGAGUCCUGAGAAGCGCCAAUUAAGGGAGAGGAUUGCUGCUGCAGCACUCUUUAAUUGGGAGGAAGAAAUUUAUGUAGCAAGAGCACCUGGAAGGUUGGAUGUUAUGGGAGGAAUUGCUGAUUAUUCAGGAAGCCUAGUUUUGCAGAUGCCAAUAAGGGAAGCCUGCCACGUGGCUGUUCAGAAGAAUUGUCCUAGCAGGCAAAAACUCUGGAAACAUGCUCAAGCACGGCAGCAGGCGAAGGGACAAGGACCCAUUCCUGUGCUACAAAUUGUAUCAUUUGGUUCUGAGCUAAGUAACCGUGCACCAACCUUCGAUAUGGACCUAUCAGACUUGAUGGAUGGAGGGGAACCGAUUUCCUAUGAAAAGGCCCAUAAGUACUUUGCACAAGAUCCAUCUCAGAAGUGGGCAGCAUAUAUUGCUGGAACAAUUCUUGUCUUGAUGACUGAGCUUGGUGUGCACUUUGUGGACAGUAUAUGCAUACUGGUCUCUUCUGCUGUCCCAGAAGGUAAAGGUGUUUCUUCUUCUGCAGCAGUGGAGGUAGCCACCAUGUCUGCGAUUGCUGCUGCUCAUGGGUUGAAUAUUGAUCCAAGGGAUCUUGCAUUGCUUUGUCAGAAGGUCGAAAAUCAUAUUGUUGGAGCUCCAUGUGGAGUGAUGGACCAAAUGACAUCAGCUUGUGGGGAAGCUAACAAGCUGCUUGCCAUGGUUUGCCAGCCUGCAGAGGUAAAGGAACUUGUUGCUAUUCCAACUCACAUACGAUUUUGGGGUCUUGAUUCUGGAAUACGGCACAGUGUUGGCGGCACUGAUUAUGGAUCUGUAAGAAUAGGCACCUUCAUGGGGCGUAAGAUGAUAAAAUCUGCUGCCUCUAAUCUACUGUCCCAGUCUUUGGCUAGUGUAAAUGCUCCUCAAGAAGAGGACGGAAUGAAUUUGGAUGAAUUCGAAGAGCACAGCAUUGAGCUACUUAAAGCUGAAUCUUCACUGGAUUACUUAUGUAACCUUUCACCACACAGAUACAAAGCUGUAUAUGCAAAGAAACUUCCUGAGUGCAUAACUGGAGAGGUAUUUAUAAAGAAGUACAACGAUCACAGUGAUACUGUAACAGUCAUUGAUCCCAAGUGUGCCUAUGUAGUCAAGGCACCUACUAAACAUCCAAUCUACGAAAAUUUCCGUGUUGAGGCAUUCAAAGCAUUAUUGACCGCAUCCAAAACCGACGAACAACUUUCUGCCCUUGGAGAACUCAUGUAUCAGUGCCAUUACAGCUACAAUGACUGCGGACUUGGCUCUGAUGGGACUGAUAGGCUGGUUAAAUUGGUGCAAGAAAUGCAUCAUAGGAAAGUUGAUGAUGGAAGCUCUAGUUUAUUUGGUGCAAAAAUCACUGGUGGAGGCUCAGGUGGCUCAGUUUGUGUUAUUGGAAGGAACUGCGUUAGGAGCAGUGAAGAAAUUAUUGAGAUUCAGCAAAGGUACGAAGCUGCCACUGGCUAUCUACCGAUCACUUUUGAGGGCUCAUCACCUGGUGCUGGAAAGUUCGGCUACCUAAGACUGCGACGUCGGCCAUCCUCGGCAGAUGGAAAUUUGAAAUAAGUCAAGAAAACCCUGAAGCCCCAGCCGGGUAUAAAGGUUCUCCAGUUACAAAUAAGAUAUAUGAUGUGAUGACAGUUUCCAGCUUGAAUAAGCUGUUCAGUUUGGGAUACGUAAUGCUUUGCCCACAUGCUGACCAUACAUGCGUGGUUUGAUGACUGGUAAAGCAUUUUGGAAAUCAGAUUUUAAAUCUUCUGAAAAGCUAGCAUAUUCUCAAUGCACGUAAAAGGUCUUUUAAACGAUGCACAGCUUCUGUCGAGUAAUUCCCUCAACAUGCUUGUCAUGGUUGCCAAUCUUAUCGAUCAGAUCGGCUCGGUUGUGAAUGUUUGUUACGGUGUUGCCUCGGGUGGUGUGGCCUCGCCGUAGCACGUUAUGGAGUCCUCUCUCUUUUUAAUCUUUACAUGUGGAACUCUGUUAUAUAUAUAACUGGUAACCACUCCUUUUGUGGAUUUAAAGCAUGACCUCAAUGCAAGCUAGAAUUAGGGUUUCCAGGGUCCCAGUUACUUUCGUCAACGAAAGGGGGCCGAACAUAGAAUAAGUAAAUGUAAUUGUAUGCUAAUAUACAUCACAUUCAUACAUAGCAUUAUAUAUAUAUAUAAUUCAAUAUUUGCUUA